AUGGCUAAACAAAUAGCUGAAGUUCAAAUUCAUGCUUCGGAGAAUGAAGACAGCUUGGAAGAUGACAAUCUUGAUGUCAGCGUAGAUCUAAUUGACGAUAACCUAUAUUUAGACUACAGACUGCCGUAUUCCAGAGCAGGUAAUCUGGCAUGUGCUCGUGAUGAAAAGUAUUUGCAAAAAUUGCAGAUAACCCAUAUUCUGACUAUAGAUCUUGUCCCAUUGCCAAGGACAAUAUUGGAUCGUACCAAGCUAACUUUUAAGUUUGUUAAAUUGGCAGAUGUACCAAAAGAGGAUCUUAUCACCCAACUACCAGACACUAAUGAAUUUAUAAAAGAAGCCAUAGGAAAUGGAGGCACUGUAUUGGUUCAUUGCUAUUUUGGGGUAUCUAGGUCAGCAGCAGUUGUCAUUGCAUACAUAAUGGAGAAGUAUGGAUUGUGUUAUGAAGACGCGUUCAGCCUAGUAAAGAGCAAGCGGCGUUUCAUUGGGCCCAACGUAGGCUUUGUGGCCCAGUUGAAAUUGUUCGGACACAUGGGAUACUGUUUGAACAGAGAUGACCCCAGAUUCAAACAAUUUCGGUUGAAAAUGGCCGGACAGAAGCUGAAGCAAGUGAAAAUCAUCCCGCAGCUGUUUGCUGAUCUAAUAAAACCGGACCCCGGUCUUGUCAGAGAACGUCCCGACCCCAUAGUGUACCGAUGCAAGAAGUGCCGUCGCAUCGUCGCCAGCCAGAGCAACAUAAUACCUCACCUGCCGAAGCAGGUCAAAGUGGAGCUGGCCAAGAAAGGGAUACGGCCGCCUCCCAGCAAGCUCACUGGGCUGAACUGCGCAGAGAACGGCCAGCUGCUGAUAGAGAAGCUGAAGAGCCUCGCCUGCCAGAUCAUGGACCAGAACGGCAAAGAGUGCGAGGCGUCCAGCGACUCUAACGGCUCUGGACAAAUAGAGGUCCAGGAGAGCGACGAAGGUACCAGCCAGGUGCUUGAUGGGUACACUGAGGGCAAUAUGGUGGACGCGAGCAUAGUCGCGCGCGUGGACGAGCAGUGCUGCCGCCUCGUGUGGUUCGUGGAGCCCAUGUCCUGGAUGAAGGGGGUCACCAACGAGCCCCAUGGGAAGCUCCACUGCCCCAAGUGUCAGAACAAGAUCGGUAGCUUCAGCUGGAUUAUGGGUUGUAAGUGCCCCUGUGGACAGAAAGUAGCACCGGCAUUCUACUUGGUGCCUUCAAAAGUGGAGUGGUCCAACAUUGUGCAGAAUGUACAAAUCACAGUA